CGGGCGCGGCGGUCGACCGCUGGCGGCUGGUACAGGCUACCCUGUCCGAGACGGAGGAGCGGAGGAGCGGCGGGACUGGGGGUCGGGGUGGACGUGGAGGUCGCGGCGGGCGCCAGCCAGGCCCGCGGACGGAGGGGGCGCGGCCGCGUGUGCGCCACUGGGGUCUGGGCUGCGGCCCUUGGCCCGCUGGCGCGAUGCUGUUCUCGCUGCGGGAGCUAGUGCAGUGGCUGGGCUUCGCCACCUUUGAGAUCUUCGUGCACCUGCUGGCGCUGCUGGUGUUCUCCGUGCUGUUGGCGCUGCGAGUGGACGGCCUGGCUUCGGGCCUGUCGUGGUGGAACGUGUUCGUGCCUUUCUUCGCGGCCGACGGGCUCAGCACCUACUUCACCACCAUCGUGUCGGUGCGCCUCUUCCAAGACGGGGAGAAGAGGUUGGCUGUGCUGCGCCUCUUCUGGGUCCUGACAGUCCUGAGCCUUAAGUUUGUCUUUGAGAUGCUGCUGUGCCAGAAGCUGGUGGAGCAGACUCGAGAGCUCUGGUUCGGCCUGAUCACGUCUCCAGUCUUCAUUCUCCUGCAGCUGCUCAUGAUCCGCGCUUGUCGGGUCAACUAGCCUUGGGCCAGGCAGAAGACGGAGCACAGCCCAGCCGGAGUGCUAGACCUCCCGGUGCAGGCCCUACUUGAUACCACACUGGAAGAGAGGUUUGGUCUGAAGGCAGUUUCUGCUUGUGCCCAGUUUAGUGUCCGGUUUUCUCUGUCUGAGAUUGUUUCCUCAGCAGGACUUAGAAGUGCAGUCUUGAUUAUAAAAUUUAUUUCCUGUUAUUCAUGCUCUGAGGUGCCAGGUAUAUUGAACUCCGCUGACAGAUGGAAACUGUAAAUGUAUAAUGUAUAAUAAGUAAAUGUUCUGAUGGGCUCUGAA